ACAUGCUCAAUGACUAUUUUAUACUGAGCAUGCGUCAAAGUAGAUCAGGUCAGCUGUUGGAAUAACACAGUGUAAAUUCAAGUGUAGCAUCUCUCUGUACGGCUUUUGGGAGUUAAUAUUUACAUUGUUGUAGUCCUUCACAUUGGAGAAGUUAUACCUGGUCACUAUCAGGAUUUCACCGGAAAGCGUGAAUAAAGUGGGCUUUGUUGUUAGGUGUACCAUUGGUUUGUUUGUGCGUUGUUUUCGGAGAACAGCAUUUGGAUUAUUGCUUCUUCGUGACAGGGUACCGUUCUCGAUGUGUUCAGCCAGGUUGGUGUAUGAAGUGGCUAAGAUACAGGAGCUGUUUCUUGUGUUGUGCAGCUGAGGACUCUGCAUGCUGGCCUCUCUUCGCCUGGGAAUGGCGCAAGGUCAGUUCCGGAGUUACGUUUGGGAUCCAGUACUCAAUUCGCAGAUCAUCUUGAUGCAGUGCAUUUUCUACAGCUGCUUGGGGAUCUGGUUGGUGGUUGUGGACAGCUUGGUACAGAACACCCGCUCUCUUGAUCAGAUUUUCAGCUAUGAGGUACAGAUCUCAGCACAGCCCCCAGGAUUAUUAUCUAUGAUGAGCUACCUAAUAUCAAGUCUAUCCUGCGCUCUGGGGCUGUGGUUUUUCAUCCGCCGAGGCAAGCAGUGCUUGGAUUUCACUGUCACAGUUCAUGUGUUUCACCUGUUAGGCUGCUGGAUCUUCAACUCACAGUUCCCUGCUACACUGACUUGGUGGCUUGUCAACCUUGUUUCCAUUGCCCUGAUGGCAGUGAUUGGAGAGUAUUUGUGUAUGCGGACAGAGAUGAAAGCAAUUCCAGUCAACACAGCUCCAAAAUCUAACCUGUGAGCUUACUCAGUUAAUCCCAUGGAUGAAUUUUUUUUAUUUUAUUUCUUAUGCACUGCUGGAUACAUUCUGAGAAUGAGCCUAAUGUCACCCGUUUUCAGCAGUUGACUCAAGCGAUGCAGAAAUCUGAUCUUUGUUUGUAUACAGCUGCCUCAGGACAGUGGCUUGAAUUUCGUUCUGGUUUAUUAACGAGCAAACCAAAACAGUGCAGCACUUUUUAAUAAGUUCAUCACAAGUAUAUACUUAGGUUGGUUCUCUCUCGUUUAGUGUUAAUAGGAUAAUGGAGAGCUUUACAAAAGCUGCAGUGCAGUUAAACAUUAAAGAACAGAAUAAGGUCAAAGCCGUAUGACUGUAGCUGACACUACUGAAAGUUUCAACACACUCCAUAAAUGUGUCUCAUGCUCUAGAGGACUCAUUCCUCCAUCCCCAUUUUAUGUUGAAAUUGGCUUCUUAGUCUUUGUUGGUGGAGUCAGUUUUACAAUGAAAUCACAAGCUCAUUAUAACUUGGUAUCUAGCAGGCGAUGCACUCUUGUUAACAUGUCUUUGCCUACAUUUGUAAUUUUGUUUUCAUUAGUUUAUUUUAUUGUUGUAUACUUUAGUUUGAAAAUGGCAUAAUUGCCAUUAUUUCAUGAAGAAAUCAAAAUUGCUUCUCAGGAAGAAUGAAUUAUUCUCAUUCACUUAAGAAUUUUAGUCUUUGUGUUGGUUGGACUUUGAGAGGGGGAAUUAAAACCAUGCACUGUAAAAAGUAAUUAAGGACUAAGUGAAAGUUGCACUAAAGACAGAAUUUUAACAUUUAGCUUCUGAUUAACAUAAAAUCUGUCAGUUUGUAAUCUCCUGUACAUAAAAACAGAUAAAACUGUUUUAAUCAUGCGGGUUUUAAAGAAAUAUUUUUGUGAUGUUAAAACUGCACUUUAAAUUGAUCAUAAAAAUUACAGAAUGUG